UGAAGUGUAACAAGAUAUAAUAAUUUAUAUCCCAAUGAUAAUAAACUUGCCAUGUUAUACAGGGCGUCCACGAAUUUAAACUCUAAACUCUCUCCGGUCUCAAUUUAGCGACUUUUUGAAACACCCCCAUAUUUUUAUGCUUUUCCCAACAAACUUUGAACGAGUUGAGCAAGCCAAGAAAUUCAAAAAAUUUCGUUGGUGCGGAUUAAUUUAUCAGAUAAUCAGCCACUUUAGAUUUACCUUAAACUUAACCGAAACGUGCCAUACUUGUACCGUUUUUCUCUGUCGUUCAGCAUGUUGCAAGCAGGUGCCAUCUGGAUAUUAAUCUUAAUCAAGGAAAUCACCACUGAAGAGCAUCCGAUCGAUUUAGUGGACGUAAACGCCUUGACUGCAUUGCCGUUGAACACACUUCUGAACAUCAAAAGGAAUAUUGUGAGCUUUGAUGCAGUUCGCACGCCCGACAAUGCAACAGCAAAAGAGAACGGCCCUGAAGCUUUGCCCUUUCACGCACUACUGAACAAGCAGCAUGAGUUUUACGCACACGUUGCGGAUGAGGAGGGCAGCAAAUACCAAACGAAAGGCAUUUCGAAAGUUUUCCAAACGUCCGUCACCUCGUUGGCAUUUUUGGCUUUCGGCGGCUAUCUGUUGUUCCUCAUCAUUGCAGCCAUCAAAGCCAAACAGCAGAAUUACAUGUACGACCCCAACACUGCUCAGAUCAUGCAGGCGAUGAUCAACGCUCAGAUCAACAAGCGGAAGAAGAAGAAACGCAGACCAAUACGUGGAGACGGCAGCUUGGGAUACAAAGGACAGGAUUCGUUGGAGUUUCAGCCGUACAAGCAGCAAAGAGCGAUUUCGCAUAGCGAUGUUAAUGUUGAUGGCAUGUAUAAAGCGCUGUUGGACUUGUGUGAGGGCUACAGGAAAAUUGUCAAUCGUUCAUAAAUGCGAUCUGGAAAUGUAAUGGAAU